AUGGACGAGACGCCCGUUACUUUUGACUUGCCAAAUGCUGUUACUCUAGAUGAAUGUGGUGCUAAAACUAUUAGUAUAAGAACUACUGGGCAUGAAAAAUCAAAUUUUACCGUGAUCUUAGGUUGCUUAGCAGAUGGUACAAAAUUGCUAGCAGCUUGUAUAUUUAAAUUAAAAAAUAUGCCCUGUCAACAAUUUCCUCCAGGCAUUUAUAUUCGUGUAAAUGAGAAAGGCUGGUACAAUGAACAAGAAAUGAUUUGUAAAAAUAUAACUGAUAUGGCAGUGAUACCUGGUGGUUUAACAACUAAUGAAGUACAUGAGCUUACACCUUCUGGAAGAAUUAAACAACCAUCUUAUUCUUUAAUGGCAACGUGGCUGUUUGGAAUUUCUAGUGAUCAAGAUGUUAAUAUAGAUCAGCAAUAUAAAAUGGAAACUGAAGAUUAUAUCGAUGAAUUGGCAAAUAAUAUUGAAUUAAUAGAUCUUACUAACGAAAAACCUGUUUGG